GAGUUUGGUUUGCACACUGGAGUCUGUUCAGUCCGCAUUGUAUAGCCUAUGUUAUUUGUCGAUUUUAGCGUGCAUAUAACUAUCUAUAGACCCUACACUAAAUUAUUUAUAGUCGCUGACAACACAGCAUUAGAAGGGACAUACUAAGAAGCGAUUUCCUGAAACAUCGUGUGCUGGCUGACUUUAGACCUUACUUGGAUAGCUAAGGCUCAUUGUUAGCACGCACUAGCACAAUGCAAAUGAAGUGACAAUGAGAUCAUACUGACCAGCAGUGAAUGUGCAUCAAAUGCAUUCACCUUCUCUCAGUGUAUUGCAAUUCGUACUAAAUGAUACAAACUACAUUUGCCUGUUCGUAUAUCGAAAUCAGUCGUAAAGCUACAAACAGACACUGAACUUUGGCAAGCUAGCCAGCUAAAACCAGCUGAGGCGAAGCUACCGACACUACAGCUUUUGGGCAAGCUUUAGACAAGACAAGCCUACUCCACGCAAAGGUAGUUGAUUUCCAUGUUUCACUGACCACUGCCUGGACACAAAGACGACCAGAGAGUAAAAUGCCAGAAAUAAAACUGAAACACGUGGUGUCCUGCAGCACAGAAGAUAGUACACACAAAGCAGACAACCUUCUUACUUCAGAGACUUACAGAAAAUGGAAAGCGGCACGAGCAGGAGAAAAACAGACCACAGUUAUCCUGCAGUUGGAGAAACAGGAGCAGAUCCACAGUAUAGACAUUGGUAACGAGGGAUCCGCCUUCAUCGAGGUGCUAGUGGGACGAUCCACCUCCGUCAAAGACACAGACUUUGAGGUGCUGCUGGUCACGUCGUCCUUCAUGUCCCCGACGGAGAGCAGAGCGGGCUCCAACAUGAACAGGGUCCGCUUCUUCGGGCCCAGCCAGCUGGUGAAGGCCACCUCACAGGAGAAGUGGGACCGCGUCAAGAUCGUCUGCUCGCAGCCCUACAGCAAGACAAUUGCAUAUGGACUAUCCUUUGUGAAGUUCCACUCUCCUCCUGAUGAAAAUGAUCCACCCACUGCGUUGUCUCCGAAGGUGACUAAGCUCGGUCAGUUCCGUCUGAAGGAAGAGCCGUCUUCCAAGAGCCCCAGUCUUCAACCCGGCAGCCUGUUCUUCAACCGUGAGAGCAGCAAGAAUACCACCCCUCCCAAGGUCUCCCCUCAGAGUGAUAAGUUGAGUUACGCUGCCGCAGCUUUGAAGUCCGAGUCUGCCUCUCCUCCAUCCUCUAGCUCUGCCACUUCACAGCCCCCAGUGAAGAGGAAGUUUGAGUUCAGCAAGGAGAGGAUGGAGGGUUCCGCGCCCCCCUCCAAGAAGCCCAGUCCAGCCGUCUCUCCAGAGGCCAAGAGCAGCACCCCCAAACCCAAACCCAGCGCCACGCCCAGUCCAAAAGACCCUCCAGCACAGAAGCCCUCCGACAAGAGAGAGAGCCUGAGCAAAGCCGAACAGAAGCCCAGGGCUGAAGCCAAAGCCCAGCCUAAGCCUCGGCCCAAACCCCAGGCCAAGGAGCAGGCCCCCGUCGGGCCCGUGCCCCUGCACCGCGUCAUGGAGGGCGUGGUGUUCGUGCUGAGCGGCUUCCAGAACCCCUUCAGGGGGGAGCUGAGGGACAAGGCCCUGGCCAUGGGAGCCAAGUACCGGCCCGACUGGACCCCCGACUCCACACAUCUCAUCUGUGCCUUUGCCAACACGCCGAAGUAUAUGCAGGUGAAGGCCGCGGGGGGGCUGAUAGUGCGGAAGGAGUGGGUGAUGGACUGCCACAACCGCAAACAGAAGAUCCCAUACAAACGGUAUCUGAUGGACGGAGGUGAUUCAAGCUCUGAUGGCAGUGAAGUGGAGGAUGAGGAGGACAGCGAAGAAGAGCAGAUGAAACCGCGUAAGACUCCAGAGAAGCGCAACACCACACCCCAGAAGCAGGCGGCUCCUCCCCGGGUGGCAGUGAAGCAGGAAGAGGAUCUGUAUGGUGGCUCCACCGACGCUGACGAACCAGGAGAUGACUCUGGCAUGGACACGGAGGAUGAGCUGAAGAGGGUGGAAGCGGAGAGCAGGCAGAAGAAGAAGGUCAAGGUCAAGGAGGAGGAGCCAGAGGCUGGAGAGGGCGGAGCAUACGACCCAUACGCAGCGUCCACUGAUGAGAACACAGACGCAGAGGAGGAAGAGGACAAGCCAAUCCCAGAACUCCCAGACUACCUGAAGGGGAAGAAUUUCUACCUGUAUGGGAAGUUCCCGCAGAACGAGAGACGGCUACUUCAACGCUAUAUCAUCGCCUUCAACGGGUCACUGGAGGACUACAUGAGUGAGAAGGUGCAAUUUGUCAUCACCAGUGAGGGUUGGCACGACUCCUUUGAGGACGCUUUGAUGGAGAACGGAAACUUGAGUUUUGUGAAGCCCAAGUGGAUAUUCGCCAUCAACGACCGUCAGAAGAUGCUCCCUCAUCAGCCGUAUGCUGUAGUGCCAGUCUAAGGACAAACAAACAAACAAACACAAACAAACAAAGAAACCAACCUGACAGCAUCAACUGGCCAAGAGACUUCCACAACCAUGUGUCACAUCACCUGUCCUCCUGCCACCACUUCUCCCUUGGGGCUUUGGGGGGGGGCUCAUCUCUUGGCUCUCCUCUGGACCAGCCCAUUGAUGCACUGAUACACAGGUCUCAUGCCCGUUGAUGCAAGGAUCCUUCAACAAAACGAAAUGCAGGCUAUGUUCAACCAAAAGCGGAUCACAGAGACGGAGACACCUGCCCUGCCCCACCCCUGUUCCGCCCACAUCCCAUUUGUCAUCUCCACCUGCCCGUUGUCUCCACCAUCCACAUCCCCUCCACUGUCAGCAGUGGCGCUCCCACAAUGAGUAGUGCCCCGUACGACGCCCUCUAUCUGACACCCGCCCUCCUCUGUGGCCAAAGCGCGAAAUUGGCAACAACAACUAAAAACACAUUUGAAACUGCUGAUUAAAAAGAAUUGGUAACACCAUGUCAUUAUUGCAACUGUGAGCUACUAGCACAGAAAUAACAUUUUAAUCUUGUGCUAAUUAACAGUUUUCACACUGUCUUGGGUGGGGGGGGGUCACAAUUGUGCUUCCCCCUCUCGGAUGUUGCCCCAGGCAGUAGGACCGGCCCUGGCUCUCAGCCUCACCUACAGUACCUGCCCACUAUCAACCCCUACUCCUCAUGUCUCAAUCCCACACCGCCACACCCCCUCUUCCAUUCUCAGCUUCAGCUCUCCACUGUUUGCUCCCUCAGUCUCCAUCCCCCCUCAUCCGCCUCCUUCACAUCUCCUGCCCUCAGGCAACUGUUGCCCGUAGCCUUUGAGUCCUACUGCACAAAGAGUCCACCUGACUACCAAUGCCACCUCAGGGUCUAUGCAAAAAAACAACAAGAACAAGAAAGUCCUCUGCUCUCUUACUGUAUGUGUGCGUAUGUCUGCUUUUGGUUUUUAAACAUGACAAGUGCCAAUGUAAGCGUGUGUGCAACACCCCCCCCCCCCCUUUCCAUUUGGGAAGCACACCAUCAUGCUUGAGAUCAGUAGGAAUGAACAAAGAGCUAGAUAGAGAGUUCAUGUAGGGCAGAUGGGUAAUGACCAGACGGGUUCCCCUCAUGCAACAGCAGUGAGGACUGCAUCGUGUUUGUGUGUUAAUGAUUUUGUGUUGUCUGUUGACGAAAAGUUAUUUUACAAUGUAAUGCAGGGUGCAGCUGAAGUUUGAAUGCAGACCUAUUUACUAUUAAUACUGUAUAGUAAUUUAGUUACAUGUCAGGUCAAAGAAACCAAACAUAUUUGCAACCUUGCAUUGUCGCCAUAUUCUAUUUUUUUUUAAUUGAAUGAAAUGUUUUAGUUUUUUUUAUUGUCAAUACAUAAUGGGUUGAAGUCCAUAGGGCUUGUGUAAGCCUUGUGGCACAUUUCUUGAUUUCUUUUUCAGGAGGUAUUACGUUGUAGAUUUUGUUUGUGGUUGUGCCUUGUGCGUGUGUGUGGUGUGUGCGAGAUGUAGAGUAUGUACUGUCUGGAAUAUUUUUGUCACUGGUUUUAAUAUUAAAAAAUUGCGUUUCAAUUGA